AUGGAAUUGUCUAAUAGUGCCGAUGAAAGAGAAUGCCGUCUUCUGGCGUCAGAAUGUGAUGUUUCCUUAUUUAUAUGAUAGUAGAGUUUUUAAAAGACACUGUAAGUUGCUUUAUAAUUCCAUAAUUGAGUUAUUUUACAUAUAUUAAAAAAUUGCACUAAAUAAUUGUUAUAUGUUUGGAUGUUAUUAUCAAACCGAUUUUUCAAGUGCAAUAUUUAAAUGAUUAAAUCACCUAACCAACUUAGCAUAAAUUGUAAAAGCCUCUUUGUCUAUAUCUUUCAGCCACCACAACGGAUGCUGAUACCAGCAUACCGUUGGAGAAUUCUACCAAACACGUUAACGAUUUGGGAUUGUACUAUACCAUAGCACAGUCACCAUCUGAUGACCGAAAGCUAGAACUCCUAAAAAAUUCUUGGACACCACCUAGAAGCUACAAUUUCCCUAAAACCCAUUUUUAUGGAAAGAUCAGAGCAUUUUGUUUCGAGUGGCUUACUCAGUUUUGUGGUUGGUCAACUCUGCGGCUCGGGAUGGAGCGUUUUGCAGCCUUUGUAUUUUGUUUGGACACCAGAUAGGAAAGAACAGUGACUGCCUUGACAAAGUAUAAAAGAGUCCUUAAAAGAACUGAGUAUCCGCAAGCACGAAGUUCAAGGAACGCCAGCUUAAUUCCGAAUUUUACAAGGCAGCGGUUGGUUGCGCAGAGGAUUUCCUUCGGGCACAGGAAGGGAAAAUGCCGUCUAUCUCACAGCAGCUCAGUGAUAUUUAUCGUAACACUGUCGAACUUAACAGACAGAAGUUACGAUCUGUCAUAAAAACUGUUAUGCUUUGUGGCAGUCAGAACUUAGCAUUACGAGGCCACUGAGAUGACUCGUCACACAUAGACGAAGCUUCAGGCAACCUAGGAAACUUUCAAGCACUGAUAAAUUUCAGAGCAAAAUCUGGUAAUAAGGUGCUAGCAAAUCAUUUUGCCAACGGCCCAAGAAAUGCAAUAUACCGCUCUAAGACGAUCCAAAAUGAAAUCGUAGAAGUGUUAGGCACUUACAUCUAA